AUGGUUGAGGACAAGUACAUUGGCCUCGUUCUGGCUAUGUCCAGCUCGCUAGCAAUCGGCACAAGCUUCAUCAUCACAAAAAAGGGCUUGAAUGAUGCAGCGGAUCGACAAAGCGCAUAUGCUUCUGCUUCAGACGAUUAUGCAUAUCUGAAAAAUCCAAUCUGGUGGGCGGGGAUAUCCACACUGGCAAACUUCGCAGCCUACUCCUUUGCACCUCCGAUCUUGGUUACUCCACUAGGCGCCCUCAGUGUUAUAAUUGGUGCUAUUCUCGCGUCCUAUCUGCUCAAGGAAGAGCUCGGUCACCUAGGACGAGUGGGCUGUGCAUUGUGUCUGAUCGGCUCCCUCAUCAUUAUUUUACACGCCCCAGAAGACAAAGAUAUCGAGACUGUCGACGAGGUUCUACGUUAUGCGGUCCAGCCAGGAUUUCUCAUGUAUUGCUUUUCUGUUCUCGUGUUCUCUCUCGUCAUGAUCUACUCCGUCGCGCCUCGCUACGGUCGCUCAAAUCCGCUCGUAUACAUCUCUAUCUGCUCCCUCGUGGGAUCCGUCUCCAUCAUGGCUGUCAAAGGCUUUGGCAUCGCGGUCAAACUCACAAUUGCUGGUAAUAAUCAAUUCACCUAUCUAAGCACCUACGUAUUCGGCGUAGUCGUCGCCGGCUGUAUUAUGGUCCAGAUGAACUAUUUCAACAAAGCUCUCGACAUUUUCUCGACUAAUGUUGUCAAUCCCAUGUAUUACGUCUGCUUCUCUACCGCGACCAUCGUCGCUUCUCUCAUUCUCUUCCAAGGAUUCAACACCGACAAUCCCACGAACACCGUCUCGCUCAUUGCCGGCUUCGUAGUCACCUUCCUCGGCAUCCAUGUCCUCGAGCUUUCUCGCAAGCCCGAGUCGGCAGCCGCCAACGGCCAUUCUACACUUGAAGGUGGCCUCAUGAAUCCCCGUCUUUCUCUCCAAGGACGUGCUUCUCUUGACGAUUGGUCAGCGCCGGUACCUGGGUCUGCCGGCCUCACCCACGCACGGCGCGCGUCGCGAAACUCGCUGUACCGUUCACAAACGGCCACGCUGUUCAAUGCAUUUGAAGAUGACGAGGCGGAUGGAGAAGCGGUCGGCCUGCAUAGGCUGUCCGAAGAGGAUGACGAGCUCGAGGCAGUCAACGAGCGAACGCGCUUGCGUGGGGAUCGAGAGAACCGCAGUCGUGAGGGAUCGGCUCCUGGGUCGCGACAUGUGUCGCGAAGUAAUAGCAACUCGGCCUCGCCGCACGGGUCGCAGGGCGAUUUGCGGAGGUCAUAG